GGUCGUUCUUCUCCAAGACGAUCCUGACGUCGGCGGACUCGACUCUGAUCGGCACGCGUGUGCUGCGAGGGCUCACGGCUCGCACGUGUCCUCCGGAGUCCAGUCGGUCUGACGUCAGCCUGCGUCAGCCUCGCCGGCAACGGCUGGAAGGACUUGGAGCCUCUCUCCGGACCCCUCCCUGGACAGCGGCCGCGGCAGGACAUCCUAAGGACCUCUUCCUGGCCCGCCCUCGUCACCUGGGCGAGCCCCGGCCACGCCCAUCACCGGCCAUCGCCUGGACCGCAGACCGAGGACCGAGUUUGCGUUCGUCGCGGGGUGUCACUUCCGGCCCGGAUCGACCAGGCCCCGUUUCGUUCCGUUCCGUUUCCGGGCCAAGGCACGAAGGCAGGGCGUCCAGGACCUCGUCCAGGACCUCGUCCAGGACCUCCGCCAGAACCUCCCGGAGGAAUGCCAGCGGCCCCGAGGCGGCCCCGGCUCGCUGCAGCAGCGAUUGAGGCAUCCGCCGCACCCUACCUGGUACCAGCGCAGUAUGCAACCAGCGCAGCCAUCGGGUCUGAUGGCGCUGAGUCGCCCAUCCUGGACGACAAGGAGUCGCCGACCGAGAAGGACAAGGCGACGAGGGUCAAGUACGGGGAGCUCGUCAUCCUAGGGUACAACGGGUUCCUGCCUCCGGGCGACCGAGGGCGCAAGCGCUCCAAGUACGUCCUCUACAAACGCCAUGACCCGAACGGAGUCAAGCGGUCCAAGCACUAUGUCGUCAAGACGCCGCACAACUCGCAGGCCAUCCUUGACAGCCAACAGCAUAGUAUCUCGUACACCCUAUCUAGAAAUCAAGCCAUCAUUGUAGAGUAUAUGCCCGAUGAAGAAACGGAUAUGUUUCAGAUUGGACGGUCUUCUGAAAGUCCCAUUGAUUUUGUAGUGGUGGAUACUGUUGCUGGAGAAAAAACUGGGGAUAGUGGGAAGGUUGUACAAAGUACCAUCUCACGAUUUGCGUGUAGAAUUCUUGCUGAGAGAGCAAAUCCUAGUGUAGCUCGUAUCUAUGCUGCCGGAUUUGACUCAAGUAGAAAUAUUUUUCUAGGGGAAAAAGCAACAAAAUGGCAGGAAGGUCGUGACAUAGAUGGCCUGACAACAAACGGCAUCCUCCUGAUGCACCCUCAAGGCUCAUUUUGUGGAGGCGAUUCAGAACCUGGUGUGUGGCGUGAGGUCUCAGUAUGUGGCGGUAUCUACUCCCUUAGAGAAAGCCGAUCUGCUCAAAAGAAAGGCCGCGCAGUGAGUACACUACAUGUGGAGGAGGUGACCAAUGUUCUCCAGGACGGCACUUUAAUUGAUCUGUGCGGAGCCACUUUGCUGUGGAGAUCGGCAGAGGGUUUAGAAAAGAGCCCUACAAAAGACUACCUGGAGAAUUUAGUGGACAAGCUAAAUGCUGGUCGACCUGUCUGCCCUGUAGGGUUAAAUACAUUGGUUAUUCCUAGGAAAUCGUCCUACACUGGACCAGAUGGUAGUGCUGACAAACAACAACCAUAUGUUUAUUUAAACUGUGGUCAUGUGCAAGGCAGCCAUGAUUGGGGCCAUGAAAAGAACUCUCAUUCUAGAACGUGUCCUCUUUGUCACAAGGUUGGACCAGUGCAGAAGUUAUGUAUGGGUAUAGAGCCUGCAUUUUAUGUUGAUGCCGGUCCCCCUAUAUUCUUCGCCUUCAAUCCUUGUGGGCACAUGGCUACAGAGAAGACGGUUAAAUACUGGGCAAGUGUAAUGAUACCCCAUGGUACUAAUGCUUUUGAAUCUUUCUGCCCAUUCUGUGCAACACCAUUAGAAGGUUUUCCAGGCUAUAUCCGCCUCAUAUUUCAAGACAAUGUUGAUUGAAGGAGGUUUUAAAAUUUUACUGUAAUUAAUUAGCAUUUGCGUUUGAAAAAAUGUUCUUUCUGUCCCGUCCUAUGACUUUGUAAUGCUAGGGCAUAGCAUUUCUAGGACAAUUGUUUUAACUACAUGUACUGUAAAUUUUAUUUCAUCAAAGAAAAAUGAAUUUUUAAUGAGCUUAUCAGAGAUCUUAUCCUGUCUAUGAUCAAUGAGUGAUGUUCAGAAUUCAGCAUGAUUCCGUUAACAUAUAGAAAGAGUUUAUGCACAGGAAAGAGUACUGAAAGUGAUAAUAAAUUUGGGACAAUUUUAUCCCUUUAGGUUGUAAGAUAUGUUAUUACAAUUUACUUGUGCAUGCUUCUUCCCUUUAACAAACUCCAAAUUGUUUGAGCCUGAAUUCUUUGCCAUUGAAACAAAAGCAAUGAGUUAAGCAAAGUUUGACGAUUAAACUAAUUACAUUAAAUUGGUCCUUUUUUAUGCAAUCAGUCCUUGAGCUAUUAAUUAAGCAAUUGCAAGAUGCUUAAACCAGCUACCUAUUUUGUUUUCGUUCUUUUAAAUAUUUAAAUAAGCCAUAAUAGUCUUUAUGUAUUUAAUUUUGACAAUUGCUUCCUAGCUUAGCUGUACAUAUCAUGUUCCGUCACAUAUCAUUCUCCAAGUAGUGUUUGUGAAAUUGGUUGAGUGAUGGGACAGUCUGCACAUUCAUUUUCCCUCUGAAGCAAUUCUAAAGACUAUCUGGACUGUGGAAAUAAUUAUCAGUACUUUGCACCGAUGUAUUUGUUUUUGACUGGCUAGUGAAAUUCUUGCUAAAAUUGUGCUGUAUUUUUGGAGUAAUAGUGUACAAUGAUUUUCAACUAGCUUUGGGGUAUGUGUACAAUUUUUGAAUAUGCUGCAGAACUGUUUAUUCAGAAUGUUUUAUCUUUAUGCAGCUUUACUACUUUCAUUAACUGCGAUAAUAUGAUUUCCCCUUGAAGUACACCAAUGAAAUUGUUAUGUGAUUGAUAUGUAUAAUUCAAUGUACAUUGAAAUACCACUGUAUGUAAUGGUACUGAUUUGAGUAGCUCACUAAUCAGGGAAGGAGAUUCUCUGAGAUUUGUUUGUUUUGUGGCAUUGGCUAGUGAAUUAGUGUCUCAUGUCAUUUUGAAUGGAUUCGUCAAAACACUCAUUCAUUAUGGAAUUCGAGUGGAAAUCAGUCUCCAUAUUUUGUGUCAUAAAAAGAACUGAUGGUACGUACUCUCCUCUUAAAUUUUGGGAGGCUUCGAAAGUUAUCUCCUCCACUUGUAAGGCUGAUAUUCAUUGAUGUUAAAGUGUUGUUGAAUGUAUUUGAUCAGGGAACCAACCAAAGUCAUGUAAGCUGGUACUCUUUGAAGUUGUUAAAUUUGCUCAUGAAUAUGUUCUGGGUAAGAGAUGAGGCCCUUGUUUUGUGUUAUGAAAUAGGGGCGUUUGCCUUGAAGACUAUUUUUUAUUUUCUUUGUUAACUUUUUUUUUUUUUUUUUGUGCUGAGAGUACUGGUGGUAGAUGCAUUUUAGGAUGCCUAUUCUAUUUCCAUUGAGGAUAGAAAAAUCUAGGUUGAAGUAGGCAUGCAGAUCAGUCUUUAAUGGACCAGAACCAUGUAAUCUGAGCAAUCAAUUAUUUGAGAGUAACAGUUUAUCAGUCUCCUAGCAGCAAAAUUUCUGUGCACUUGACUGCUGGUUAAAUCUGUUGCUGUGAAACUUGAGUACUUCUAGUGGUUUUAAUCUCUGCCGUGAUUUCCUGAGUUUGUAGCUCAUCAAAUUACUAGUAACUUGUUACUUUGUCUCACAGUGUUCCGGUUCGGUAGUUAUGUGUGGGUUUUGUAUUUGUUGUGUGUUCAUUAGUUCUGACAUCUUGUUAGCUGCUUAAGUAAGCAUGACCAACUUUCUUUGUUUGUCUAUUUUGAAUGUGUUGUUUAACACACAUUUUGAGACGACAGUAGUUUACUCAAUGUUAGGUUCCCCUGCUGCGUAUCUGUAUAUAAUUGAGUAGGCUGUAUCUUUGUGUGAAUGAAGCAGGAUUGAAAAUACCAGGAAAUUCAAGGGUCUUUUAAAUUUAACACAUUUUACUUUGAAGCAAAUAUUUUAAAUCACCAAAUGAAAUGAUUUUUGUUGUAGUCUAUUUGCAAGACAAUUACUUGUUGCCGCUGCAGGAACUUUAAACUUUGAGCACACAUGCUUGAAAUGCAUUUUAGUAUCAAAUUUAUAGGAAAGUAAAUUUAAUUCAUACCACAAUCUAAUUGCACUAUUUUGCCACCCACCCAUUUUCCUUGGGAGUUAUGUGCUGUAGGUGAAGCAUAUGGAUGCUGCAAUGGUCGUAUGAGCUGCAAAACAAGUGGUAACCAACUUUAAAAGCUAAAUUUGUUACAG